CCCUCAAAUCGUUGUCCUCCACGUACGUGUUCUGUCACUGAAUACUCGUGACAAGCAGUGAUUUAAUCAACACUCUGAUCUACAAGUACCACACAAAAUAAAAUAGGAGAUGAAACCCAGUUAUUCCAAAGAUGAAAUUUCAAGGAAGAUCAAAUACACUACGCGUUUGAAGCUUUCAUAGAUGUUUGCCACCUUUUUCCAGCAUCACUCACUCAGCCAAAAACAGUUCACAAAAUCACCUUGUUAAUUACUUCGAACCGUCAGCCUGAAAAUGUCGUCCACGGAAGAAGGAGGCGGCACCGUCGGUGCAGUUUCCACUGAUCAAACAAUCAACAAGGACAGAAACAACAAUCCCCGAGAGACGAUCAUUCAAAUACCGGGUACGGACUCCACUUGCAGCAAUAGCUAAUUAUGGAAUCUCCUGUCAUUAUACGAAGCUUUCGACAGCGACCUUCUCGACCCCAAAGCCAAACCCUUGAUACAAAGAGUCCCAUCAACCCUUUUCCGUCACGAAGAAUUCCGGAAAUAUUUCAAGCCGAAAGUGAUCUCAAUCGGCCCACUCCACCACGAUGAUUCCACCUUCCGUGAGUCCGAGGAGCUCAAGCUCAAAUUAGCAGCACAUUUCAUCAAAAAAAUUGGCGUCGAUAAGUAUACCCUGUACAACAACAUGAAGGCAGAGAUGGAUGACUUGAAGAAAUGCUAUGAUCCAAAGGAACUAGAGAAGUAUAGCAAUGAUAACAAGAAACUGGCUCGGAUGUUCUUCGUUGACGGCUGCGCAAUUUUACAAGCAGUUUACAUGCGUUACCGCGGUAAUGAUGAUGAUGAUGAUGAUGAUGGUAAAUUGUUUAUUAAAAACGAUAUGCUGACAUUUGUGUACUCGGAUCUGUUCUUGUUGGAAAACCAAUUACCUUUUCGUGUUCUUGAAUUGCUUACAAGCUCGGGGGAUGGCAAAAAGUUCAUGAAAGCAAUCCAAAGGUUCAUCGACGAUACUCUUAUAAACCCAGGAGAGGACAGAUUUUGGCGUGGUGAAUGGUUGUGGAAGUAGCAAAAAGAAGAAGAGCUAAAGAAGCAAAAAGAAGAAGAGUGAAUUCACUUAUUGAAUCUACUACGAGUAAGACUCUUUUUCAGAAAAGCAGCACCACGACGGAGGGGUGAUAGCUAUAAGUGUGGUUUAUCGUGUUCCCUUGAAAACAAAUACAGAAACGAAGCAAGACCAAAAUAUUACCAUUCACACACCAUUGGUAACGUAAAAGAGCUUAAAAAGGCUGGCAUAUGGUUAAAAGCAAGCGAAACAAGUUGUUUAACCGACAUCAGUUUCAACCGUAUCUUCUUCUUCGGAAAAUUAUAUUUACCGCCGAUCACCGUCGAUGAUUCAACCAUGAACUUAAUAGCUUGCGAAAUGUGUCUGGAUUUCGACAACGAUUUCACCGUCACUUCAUAUAUGUGUUUCCUUGAUUUAUUGAUCGAUGAAGCCGAAGAUGUUAAAGAAAUGAGAGAUGCCGGCGUACUAUACAACAGAUUGGGGAGUGAAGAAGAAGUGGCUAAGCUUUUCAAUAAGAUGAACACUGAUUUGGUUCCAAGUCCGAUGAUUUACAGUGGGGUUAAACAGAAAAUACGUAAUCAUUGUAAGAAUAUGUGGAUUAAUCAUGCAGCUCAAUGGUAUCAUACUUAUUUUAGGAUUCCUUGGUCGUUUUGGGCAUUUUUGGCUGCCAUUGCUCAACUUCUUUUUAGUGCUUUGCAGACAUAUUAUACCAUGCAUCAACGAAAGUAAGUGUUGUUUACUUGUCUUUUUGUAAACUCUUGUUAUUUAUGUGAAUUUUGUAACUUCUGGAUUUU